AUGUACAGCUCGACAGGCAGCGCCGAACAGAGCCGUGAAUCGGUCAAUGCGUCAUACGAUGUUCUCAAUUCACGGCUGAUGCCACGGGCGGGAAACACGGCCGAUGAGGAGCUCGUAUUCCGCAGCGAUUCGCGGAGCUCCAAGACGUCGCAGAACCAGCAGUACAUGAACACGCUGUCGACAGGGCAAAAAGCGCGCAACACGCUGAACGCGAGCCAGACGCGGGUGAACUCGCCGGGGGCAAGCACGACGUCGGUGAACCAGCAGCACACGGGGCAGCCGCGGUCGCAGUCGUCAACGGGCCACUACCCGAGCGGGCCGAAGCCGGGCCGCCUGCCGUCGCGGGCAUCGUCUGGUGCACCUGGGCAUCCGGGCGGCACGGCGAACUCGUCGGGGUCGUCGGAGGACUCGAUGAAGCAGAAGCAGAUGAAUCACCAGCGCGGCCGUGGCGGCGGGUCCGCGGCUGGAGCGUCGAUGAUGGCGAAGAGGCGGGAUGCGACGGUGGAUGCGCGCGGGUUCCUGCGGACGCUGAAUGACUUGUUCUUCAGCAAGUUCUGCGUCGAUGAGCUGUUCUACCGGGAGUUUCGCGAGCAGCUGGUGAAGCGGAUACAGGAGAGCACCUACCGCUAUGACCCAGAGGACCUGCAGGAUAUCUUGGACGAUGUGUCCGAGGCAUGCAAGAGCACACGGUAA